AUGCAUAGCUUCACGUCUAUCAUUUGGGCCGCGGCCGCCGGGAUAGCGCUUGCUGCUCCCUUCGCUCAAGACGAACCACACUUGCUGCGGACGCGCAACAUUAUCGACAGCACGAGCAUCGCAGACUCAUAUGAUUUUGUUAUUGUUGGAGGAGGCCUUGCAGGUCUCGUGCUCGGUGCGCGUCUAUCAGAAGAUAAAAACCACACGGUCCUUGUUCUCGAAGCUGGGACCACUGGAGACGAGCUUAAGACCCGUAUAGAUACUCCCGCGUAUGCAUACUAUCAAUCGUUAUGGCCAACGGACCUGAACUGGAACUUCACGACAACGCCUCAAGCUCAUGCCAACAACAGUCAAUUACCAUGGCCUCGCGGGAAAGUGCUCGGUGGUUCGUCAGCAAUCAACGGACUCUACAUGAACCGACCGGGCGAAAUCGAGGUCAAUGCAUGGCAGGCUAUGCUCGGCGACAUGAAGGGCGCCGACAACUGGUCAUGGGACUCGCUGUAUGCGGCGAUGAAGAAGAGCGAGGCGUUCAGCGCUCCCAUUGAUGCUUCCGUGCAGGAGGAAGCCGGCAUUACUUUCAACACGGCAAGUCAUGGUACCAAAGGACCGGUUCACAUGUCCUACCCUGGCUACACGUUUCCUGAAGUCGGCGCGUGGUCAGAAGCAACCAGUGCUGUCGGCGUUGCCGGUACCACCGACGCCUACGGUGGUGAAAACUGGGGCGCAUACGUCGCGACCUCCGCCAUCAACCCAACCAACUGGACGCGUUCAUAUAGCCGCUCUGGCUAUCUCGAUCCCCUGCCGCCGCGUGCGAAUUACGAUGUGGUCGCCAAUGCACAUGUCUCUCGGCUACUGUUCAACAGCUCAUCUCCCAAGGGCAACUUGAGCGCGAACGCCGUUGAGUACGCGUUGAAUGGCGGUGCCGAGAAGCUCUCGGUUGGUGUGAAGAAGGAGGUCAUCUUAGCGGGAGGCACAAUCGGAAGUCCGGCUGUACUACUUUACAGUGGUAUUGGACCCAAGGACGUGCUCGACGCCGCUGGAGUUCCUGUCGUCUCAGAACUGCCCGGCGUUGGACAGCAUCUGCAGGAUCACCUAAGCGUCUCAAUCCAAUGGAGUACAGAUGCGGAUACAGGAGGCAGCAUAUACGCCAACAACGCUAGCACCGAGAAGAAUGAUGCUGCCUUCUUGUCAUACGUGAAUUCUGCAACAGCUUAUGUCAAUGCUUCCGUGCUCUUCGGCAACGGAGUAGGCAGUCUGCACAGCAGCAUCAAUGAUGCGAUUGACGAGUACAUCCCCAACACCAGCACCGACACUGGCGUCAUUGAUGGCUUCAAGGCCAUCUACGACACGACGGCCAACACCAUUCUUACCAGUCCCAUUGGCCUGAUCGAGCUUGUGAUAGGACUCACAACGGACGGGGUCAUCCAGAUCGGUGCUAACUUACAGCAUCCUUUCAGCCAUGGCCAAAUCUCCAUCGCCUCGUCUAACCCGCUCGAUUACCCAAUCAUCAACCCAAAUUAUCUCAAUCACCCCGCCGAUGUCCAGAUCCUACGCCAGGGUAUCAAGCUUGCACGGCGCCUGGGCAAUGCUCAACCACUUGCAAGCAGUAUGACGGAGGAGACAUGGCCUGGGUCGGAUGUUGAAUCUGACCAAGAAUGGGAAGACUGGCUUCGAGGAAACGUCUUCACAGAGUACCAUCCAUCGUCGUCCUGCGCCAUGCUGCCGCUCGAACAAGGCGGUGUCGUCGAUGCGAACCUCCGCGUGUACGGCCUCUCCAAUGUCCGUGUCGCAGAUGCAAGCAUACCUCCAAUCUCUUUCGCAGCACAUCUGAUGAGUUCGACAUACGGCAUCGCCGAACAAGCUAGCACCAUCAUCCGUAACUACCACAAUCAACCUAUUCCCAAGAACAGCACCCAUAAAUCAACGUCCAGCCACAACGAGACCGACCCCACGACUAACAACCGAGCAAAUGAUAACGACGAUGGCACGGCCAUCUUAAAUACCACGAAUACUCCUUCGGAAAGCGGCAAUGGUGCUGCUUCUUUACGUUCUCACUCAUUCAUUAUGACGGCGGUUGGGUUAUGGAUGUCUUUCAUGGUUUUGGUUUGA